CACAACUUAGAGGCGUGUGUUGGGGCAGUAGCCCACUCAACUAUGUGAUAUAUAAGUGAGAGUCCUGUGAAGGUUCUUUAUAGGUGCGUUUUGUUAUCGUCAGCGAAACAGUCUUGUCUUCUACAACGUUUUCUGAAUUUUAACCCAUUUCUUCAGUGCCAAAAAUACAGAAGAAAGCAAAAUGGCAAAUGGACAGCAAAUAACAAAGCUCAAUGUCUCCACCUCUAAGGACGAAGAGGAAAUACUCGGAGCUCAAGGUUAUCAGUUCAUCAAUGUUAACCUAAAUCAAGGUGCUGGUGGGAAUCAGGUCCUUCUUUGGUACAAGAAGGAGCGUGGCAACAGACCUGUGACCAGGAUCCAGUUUUCAUUUAAGGACAACAUGAAAUCUGGUCUGGCUGAUGCUGGCUAUGAGCUGGUCAACAAAGAUCUGAAUGCAGGAGUUCGUGGAAAUCACAUCUUUCUGUGGUACUUCUACGGCAGCACUGAAUUUGAUAUUCCUAUUGUGAACCUCCAGCUAACUGCAGACGCCAAAGAAGAGCCUGCUCUUCUGCAAGAUGGCUGGGAGAGACUGGGCUGUGAUUUGAACCGUAAUGCAGGAGGAAACUUCAUCUACCUGUGGGUGAAGAGAGAGAAGCUGAGCUAUAUCUGUGAGAUCACAGCAUCAGUUGACUUCGAUUCUGACAAGCACCUGUUUGAGCUGGGCUACACCCGUGUGGAUGAAGACACCAAUCGAGGCGUUCAUGGAAACAACGUCUUCCUCUGGUAUCGGUGCACAACAGACAAGCACAAAGCUCUUACUGCUUUAAACAUAUCCACCUCCCUCCAGGAGGAAGCUAAGCUGCAGGCUGAAGGCUUUAAAAAGCUCAGCGUUAAUCUCAAUAAAGGAACGAGUGGAAAAGAUGUCUACGCAUGGCACAAGAAGGAAGGACGUGAAUCGCAGAUCCAAGCCAUGCUUCUGCUGAUCAACUCCAAGGCCUGGAAUGAAUAUCAGAAAGCUGGCAUCAACUUUGUCGAGAAAAACCUGAACGAUGGCAACAACGGCUGGAAAAUAUACCUAGCCUACAAGUAAAAACAUGGGAUCAUGCUGCCAUCACAGGAUCUUUUUUAGUUAUCUAACUGGGAGCACUAUAUGGCAACUAUAUUGUUUCAAUUGUUUCUAAUGUACGACUUUAUUGUCGCUCUUUAAAGCCUAUUGUGACUGUGGCUAUUGCAGUACACUCAACCACACACACUGUAUUUGGUAUUUGUGUUAAUGUUAUAAUGCAUUAUGAAAUAAA